UGCCAAACUGCGUAACACCUAUGUCUGUCCGUGUUUACGUUUUCCCUAAAUAUUAUUUAUAAAACAUGUCGCAAAGAUUUUAUAAUCAACAGUUGUCGAAAUAAAUGCUUAGUGAAAAUGCAGCGAAUACUAAGUGUGGAAAUAGGAAAAAAUAUCUUCGAAUCGUCCGAAUACAUCACCAAAAGAUUAUGUUGUAGUGUAGUUCUUACUGUGACAUUUCUGUCGAUGAUUGCAGGUUUUUUUUUAGGAAAAUUUGUAUCUGAUAAAACGAAUUCGCACUAUGGGAUAGAUUUUCAAGAAUUAGCGAAGAAAGUAGAUAUUUUAAACAAUAAUUUCCAACAGACAUUCCACGUAGGUUACAACAAUAUUUCGUUACAUCCCUACAAUGACAUACAUUUUCUUAAAUGCAAUUUUUCAACAAUAGGACAAAAUGAUAGUGGACAAUUGACGGCUACCAAUUAUUUAAAGAUGCUUAAUAACUGUUUUGACAUAGGAUAAUAAUAUUUAUAGUAAUCCGAUGUAAUAUAUUUUAAUGAUAA